AUGGGGUUAUUUAGAGCGUUGAAGUUCCGUCUCAUUGCGCGGUAUGAACUCAUGCGGGCUCGGAUGGCAAUGCGUGGCAUGGCUGAUCAUGAACUGAUUGGCCGUUACUGUGGCCUUGCGCUCAUUCCAUUCACAGUCUACAUCUGUGCUGGCACGAUGCAAGGCUACGCGAAGGAUCGCGUGAAGGAUUCUCUUUCCAAGCGAGGCAAGUGA